CCGUCAGUAGCAUGGCGGUUGCGCAGUGAGGCGCAGGCCGCUGUUCGGAGCAAGAGGUGCAAUGGCAUGGGCUGGGCACGCGCUGCUGGCCGUUAUUUUGAUUUGCGCGGUUGGCUCGAGCGGCGCGUCCGGGCUCUCGCGCACGGGGGAGUUCGAUGUCAGGCCGGGGGGCUUGGUGCACUCGCACAGUGAGACACUGGGUGAACAUGUAUGCACAUUCACAUAUGCAUCUCAAGGAGGAACCAAUGAGCAAUGGCACAUGAGUGUAGGCAUCAGUGAGGACAACAAGCUAUUCUCUUGCUCUGUCUGGCGACCUCAGGGAAAGUCCUACCUGUUCUUUACCCAGUUUAAGGCUGAAGUUACGAAUGCUAAAAUUGAAUUUGCAAAUGGUUUUUCUCAAGCAGCAGUAGAAGGUCGUAAUGAAGUUCCCCUGAAAGAAAGUGAAUAUAUUGUUGGUGAAAAUACUGUGACCCAAAAAGAUGGAUCAUUCAGAUCAGAGUUGUCUAAGCUCCUAAUCAUUGCUCGCAUAGGCCAUGAUGAACUGUGAUUCGGAUGACUGACUUUGUAAUGGUUGAAAAAAUUUGGAAAUGUUUUGGAAUAAUUCUAUUCUGAGCUGUGUAGGUCAGCUAAUGGGAAUACUGUAAUUUGGCAUCUCCCUAUAUCCUUCCUUUUCAGCCUCCUUUUUCCUUUUGGAGCAGCAGGACAGUUUCGACAUCUGAUUCAAGGAGUUUAAAGCAAUUUAGUUUGACAUCAUAGAUGAGUUUUUGGGCAGGGGCUAGACUGACAUUCUUGUUGUACCCAGCUCCCCCACAGACCUAAAGCUGGGGGUCUUGGUUAAUAAGAUGCCUUACAGUAUCUUACCUAGAAAGAGGUAAAGUGUCCAUGGAAGUUUGCACCCAGAAAACUACCAGUAUUCUGGUGACUUAGUCAACUAAUUCAAACUGUUAUCAUUACCAUAUAUUAAUACAUCUGAUACAGGAUUUAAUCAAAUUUGUAAAUUAUUCAUUUAAAAAGUAUACCUGCUUUCCACCUUUUGUGUAAAUUAAUUGAUGUGUUUGAUCAGUCAACAUACACUGGGUGCUCUGUGACCCUAAUGCAGAACUACUACUCAUUGAAGCGCCAGAUGAAAAUGAAACUUACCUCUUAAUUGUCAGAAUGAACAUAGACUUAUGUAAUGCAAAAAUAAAAAUAUUUGUAUGUAAAGGUUUUCAACAAAUUGUUUUGUUAAAUAUGUGAUAGAGUUCAUCUCCGUCGGUCUUUAGAAUAUGCUGUGAUGCAAACAAAUUUUCAUGCUCUAUCGGAUUUCCUCCAUAAUCAAAGAUAGUGAACAGAGAUUAUAAUUUUGGGACCACGUAUGCCUUUAUGUACUGCGAUUAAUUGCAAGUACUGUGAUAUUAACGUGAUGUGUGAUCUACAGAUUUUUGUUCUACUUUGCUCAUGAUCCAUUGUUUUUCUCUUAUAUGUCAGAGCUCUGUUACAAAGGGAAAUAAAUUACUGAUGUCAACUCA